AUGGUAGAAGACGAAGAAAUGGAGGAUGUGUUCUCGAUGAAAAUAGGCAAUAUUCCGCCGAAAGAAACGGUGCUCGUUAAUGUUUCUUACUUUUUACAAUUGGACGCAGUGAACUGCCCCACUCAGAGCCAUGAGGACGACAAAGUUGUUGCCAGGUUUAUUUUGCCUGUUCUGAUUUCCUCGAGGUAUGCCCCGAAAGGUGAGAAUUAUUCUAGCUUACACUUCAAUGUUGAACUAGCAAGUCAUUUUGACUUCACCGAUGACCUAGAAAUGGAGAUUACUUACGUCAGUGCCAACACCUUAACAGCAGUUGAGUAUGGGAGGGAUGAAUCGGGACUUUUUGCCCUCGACUGCGUGGUUGCAAACUUUCUCCCCCGCUUUACGGUUCCAAUUGAACAGAAUGCUGAAGUUAUAUUCAUUAUUGAUCGUUCAGGCAAGCCCCAGGACUACACAGAAGCAAACAUUUGUAAAGCUCUGGAGUACCAACAGGAACUCCAAGCAGACAUGGGUGGUACCGAAGUUUUACCUGUCCUCAAAGCAGUCUACUCAUCCAAGAUGAUUGGAGCUAAGGAACGCUGGCGUCGCGAAAUCAUUUUUCUAACCGACGGGAAUGUUUUCAAUCAUUCUGAGAUAUUUGCACUUGUCCGGAAGAAUUCUGCCACGACGCGCCUUUCAGCAAUCGGCUUGGGCAAUGGAGCCAGCACUGCCCUGGUUUCGGGGAUCUCCAGAGCCGGCAGGGGAAAGGCCCUCUUCGUUCGUGAUGGAGGUAACUUGCGAGAGGCGGUCUUAGAUAUUCUCAAUUGUGCUCUUCAACCCUGGGUAACGGAUGUGCGUGUCAACUGGAACUUGGUGAGGUCCUCUGGGUCCGCUGUUGAUGUCCUCCAGGUUCCCUCGUCUGUGAGUACCGUUUUCGCCGACGUCUUCACAACCGUCUUCGCCCUUGUGCCGCGGGAAACAAAGGACGUGGUUUCCUUGCAAGGCGACGUCACACUAUCGUUCAAAAUAAACGAGGAACUGGUAGCACUGAAAGCGGUGCUUUCGCAGCCUUUUAAAGAAACUAAUUCAGACCUUCGACUUCUGCACCGAUAUGCCGCCAAACUUCAGCUCUACGAGCUACUCGAUCGUUACGCCGAUUCCAGUAGCGACGAUGAUCUCCAGAAAAUAGUUGACUUGUCACUGUCGGCGAGCGUUCUUUCGCCCUUCACCGCGUUCGUGGGACUCAGGCCGGAGGAGUUAAGGGACACUGGGAGAAUAAGCAUCACGACUCCGAUAGGCAUCAGAAGAGACACUUGUGCGGACUGCCUUGACGGAGUGCCUUCGAAACACCCAGGCUGUACCUGCUAUGAGUCCUGUGCGGAGGACGACACGGUCGAAGAAGAAGACCUGGAGUACCACGAUGUGAUCUCCGGCAUUGCUGAGGCCCAGCUCUUCUCCGGGGCGUGGCGUUGGUCCGACAAGCUCGCUCAGGCCCUCUCAUUCGGCCCCUUUAAGGAACGAAUUCCGCCUCAGUACGCUAACCUCGCUGAGGACGCUUGGACAACGGCCUUGGUGCUGGCUUUUCUCGCCACGAAGGAAAUCAACCGACGAGUUGAAUGGCAGUUAAUGGCCAAGAAAGCGGAAAACUGGCUAUCCAAGGCCAUUGGUACGGACUGUGCCAACCAUCUAAUCAACACUGCUAAUCAGAUCAUCAUGAACCUAUAA